AUGAGUGUCUCUGAAACCGGCAGCGAUGUUUUAUCGCGCCUAUCGUUAACGGUUAACCAAGUGCCGGCCCGUUUGGAGGAAACCCUCUUCCCGGACGGUGGCCCGAAUGGCGGCGAGUUGGUGGAAAUAGUCGGAGAGUCCAACACGGGCAAAUCGCGCCUGCUGCUCGACCUGAUUGCCCGCAUCGUGCUUCCGGUGAACUGUGCAGGCCACGAGCUCGGUGCCGUGCUGAUCGAUUGCGAGAACUCCUUCGAGCCGGCGGUGCUGCUGGACGUGAUGGAAAAGUACAUCCUGAAUUACGCCGAACCGGCCAUUGCCGCCACCCUGGACCGGCCGGGGAUUGAACGCAUCCAGGACGCCAGUCUGCACCGGUUGCAGCUGAUCACGUGCUACUCGCUGGAACAGUUCGAUCUGACCCUACUGUCGCUGGACAACGUUUUCCUUCAGCAGCCGGACAUCAGUUACGUGCUGGUCGAUUCGAUCGCCACAUUCUACUGGACCAAGUGCACUCCGGCGAAUCGGCUGCGAAUGGAAACCUAUCAAUUGGCGCAUUGCCAAAAGUUCAAGCGAAUUGCUGAAAAGUGGAAUAAGGCGUUCGUCUACACGAAACCAGCAUACUUUGCGAACGGUGAGAGCGGGCGAGACAUUGAACUGUCUUCGGACGGGUUGCUGGUGGAGAACUCGUCGCAAGGAUCGACGUCGGCGGCGACUACGAGUACACCGACGAACGACAUGUUUCCGCCCGGGAAAGGCGCGGCAACAAUUAGUCUACCGGUGGACUAUCGCAUCGAGUUGUGCGAGAGCGACCACUGCCAAACGCCGCCGGGAACGAACGAACAAACAGAGGACGAGCAAACGGAGGACGAGCAACGGUUCUGUGCGCUCAUCAAAUCGAAGGAGAACAGCCAGCCGCAGUACACACGUUUCUAUUUGAUAGAUAAAUUCGGUUUCAACUGGAUUGACCCAUAG